ACGUCUCGUCAGUGGGUGGUUGACUGUAUCAGCUGCCUUCUCAGUAUACAAGGCCAGCCCAUGAACCUGGGGUCAGCGGAGGAGGAGCUGAGAUGUCUCCGUGACGAACUAACAACAGCUCCAGACCCUGAGGCUUUGUUUCAGGCAUCUUCCAAAAUGGCCAGGGUUGUUAGUGAGUACUUUUCCCCAGAACAGGCCACAGACUUUAUUGAGGCCACAGUGGAAGGUAUGCUGUCUGCCAGCCCCACCUGUGCCAUGGCAGCUGGACUGUGGAUAAAGAUCAUCCUAAAGGAGUGUGGAGAUGCCAUGCUGGGCCAGGUGCCAGCUAUCCUGAAUAUAAUAUAUAGCCACGUGCCUACUAUCCAGGAGGGCAGCUUGAGGCAAUUCCUGCUGGAGGCAGUGUCUAUUCUAGCUCACCAUCACCUAGAGGCAGUGCUCUCCAGCCUCCUAAGAAAACGUCUGCCGAUGGACAGUGACACCACUGAGCUGUGGAGGUCUCUGGGGGGAAACCCCUUGCUUGCCACUCGAGUCCUACAGGUCCUAAUGGACAAAAUAAAGACUUCAACAAGCCAAGAAGGAAGCGUCACCUCAGAGACUGAUACUGACAGGCAUUUGGCAGCUGCUGAACCUCUCUCAGCAACAUGUGCCAUCUCUGAGGUGGUGUCAGCAUUGCAGUCAAGCGAAGCUGUGCAGGAGCUGCUCCCAGAGCUGUUUCCUAUUCUCCUGCAGCAGGUCAGCCGAACCUUAGGACAAAAGAUGCCUUUGCCAGUGAGAAGCAGCCAGAGGCUAUUCCGAAAAGACCAACAACAUACUGAGGACAACCCUUGCCGGUUUUCUGUCCAAAGACUGGUGAGAGUGCUCAGGGAAGCAGAAAACAUGGAUUCUGCUUGA